CUACGCAUAAAACACGUUCACUAAUCGCUGCAACUUUAAGCAGAGCAGUUCAACACGUGUUGUCCAGCUUGCCAGUUGCUUGAAAAUGUCUUCCAAAGACAAAUACCUAGACGAUUUGCUCAGCGACGGAGAGACCAGGUCGGUCAACGAAGAGCUGUUCGACACUGGAGUUCCACCGUGGUAUGAUCGGGUCAAAAUAAGGCGAGCCCAGCGCUUCUUCCGGAAGAACUUUGCCGCGAUCUACUACGCGACGAUCUGCGGACUGCUGGCCGCGUUGACCGUGCCAUCGAUUCUGAACGCGCUCAUCUUCACAACGCGAAAGCCAACGUUCAAAAUUGCCGCCAAGCGUUAUCUGGCCGCCAUGAAGCAUACCAUCAACUGGUACUGCCAAGACUUUGAACCGGGCAGCAGUUCGUGGAAGUCGCUGGAACAUGUGCGCAGAGUUCAUUCCACUAUCGUGAAACGUGCGAAUUCUAAAAAUUAUGGAAUCAUCAUUUCUCAGAAAGAUCUAGCAAUAACUCAGUUUGCCUUCAUGGGGUACGUUAUUUUGAAUCCUGAAAAAGUUGGCUCCAAAACGAGUCCACAAGAUUUGGAAGCUCUGUGCCACUUUUGGAGAGUUUUGGGAUUUCUACUAGGACUUGAAGAUCGAUUCAACGUUUGCACCCCAAACAUGGAGGAAACCAUCGCCAGAAUCGAUCAAAUCCAACGCAAGCACCUCAAAUCAGCCCUGACCAAACGGGACGACAAAUUUGAACGGGCAGCCGAAGCACUGCUGGCCGGUCUCUGGUGUUUCAACUUGCUGCUUGAUCAUGGCGCGCUAAUGUUUGCCGCGGGGCGAGUCGCCGGCCUUCCGGGGUACAGCUAUUGGUCCGCGGAGAAAUUAGCUGGUGAAGAGUCCCACUAUCGUCAGCUUGGUUGGAAAAGUCGUGGGGUGUUGUUUGUGAUACUGAGUAUUCAUGAAGUAAUGUUACAGAAGGAUUGGUUUCGUAAUAUUUUCAAUUGGAUUUUGCUAACAUCAGGACAGAUUGUUAUUGUUGUGAGCAACGUGGUUUUAAAAAUAAUCAAGGUCUAAAAAUAUGUGGUACAAUAAAUGUAGAGCAUAUA